AUGGCGUCCCUCUCUUCUCUUGCAGCUCUCUCCCUCCUCUUCCUCUUCUGCACACCUGCUGUACGCUCCGCCACUACCACCUGCCCGCCUCAGAAAUUCAAGAACAACAAGAUCUUCGCCAACUGCACAUCCCUCCCGGCGCUGUCCGCGGCCCUGCACUACACAUUCAACGCCACCAAUUCCUCCCUCUCCGUCGCCUUCGUCGCCGCCGCUCCCGGCGGCGCAGACGGCGGCUGGGUCGGAUGGGGGAUCAACCCGAACGGCACCGGCAUGGCCGGCACCCAGGCUCUCAUUGCCCUGAAACCCUCUUCCGCCGCCGGCGGCCUCGUCGUCAAGACAUUCAAUCUCGUCUCGUACGGGAGCAUCAAGGAGGAGAAGCUGUCGUUCGACGUCUGGGACCUCGCCGCCGAGUCUCUCAGCGGUGGGGCCACCGCGAUUUUCGCCUCCGUGAAACUUCCGGCGGGCGCCGAUCGGGUCAACCACGUCUGGCAGGUCGGGGCGACGGUUACCAACGGGCUUCCCGGGAAGCACGAUUUUGGGCCCCCGAAUCUGGCUGCCAAGCAGACGCUGCAACUGACCGGUGGCGCGGCUCCGGCUCCGGCUUCUUCCCCUGCUCUUGGCUCCACUCCCGGCGGCUCACCCCCUGCUUCGGCUCCGGGAAAUGGCACUAGUGGUGGGUACAGGAUGAGGGAGCUUAAGUUGGGUUCUUAUGUGGGGGUGUUUGUUCUUCUGGCUGGAUUGAUUGGUUUCUAG